GUUUGUGUGUACGUUUCCAUGGGGAGCAGUCACACACUUACACACGCAUACACACACACACCUUAUCGUAAGAGCUGCUUUAGAUACUAGACUACGUGAAUUUUAUCAGACAAGACACAAACAAAAGUUGGUGCUAUCAGCGCGAGCAGAAAACGGCGAAGAAGAGGAGGAGGAACAGGUCUACAUGGCCUGCAAAGGAACAGCGCCGACUGUAGCCUGACCCCCAUCAGCAUUCACCCUCAAAACAAUGGAUUAUUUACCACAAGAUGAGUUUUGAACCUCAAGAUUCAGCGAGCAAUGUGACAGAUUUACUUGGAAAUAACAAUCAGUUGGAGAAACACAGCCUCGACGUUUCCUCAGUGGGAAAGGAAAGGAAGCAGGCCUUUUAUUUGAUCCAUGAAUCAGCGGUGCAACUAGUUUGACGCAUAAGGAAAGUUAAUAAGCUGAUGAAACCGUCUUGAGUGAUGAUGAAUCGCUACACCACCCUGAAGCAGCUGGGUGAUGGCACCUAUGGCAGCGUGCUGAUGGGGAGAAGCAAUGAAUCUGGAGAACUGGUGGCCAUCAAGAGGAUGAAAAGAAAGUUUUAUUCAUGGGAGGAGUGCAUGAACCUAAGAGAGGUGAAGUCACUGAAGAAGCUGAACCAUGCAAAUGUGGUGAAAUUAAAAGAAGUAAUCCGAGAGAAUGACCACCUCUACUUUGUGUUUGAGUACAUGAAGGAGAACUUAUACCAGCUUAUGAAGGACAGGGAGACUAAAAUGUUCUCAGAGAAUGAAAUUAGGAACAUCAUGUUUCAAGUGCUGACUGGUUUGGCUUUUGUACACAAGCAUGGCUUCUUCCACCGAGACAUGAAGCCAGAGAAUCUGUUGUGUAUGGGUCCAGAACUGGUCAAAAUAGCAGAUUUUGGUCUGGCCAGAGAAAUCCGCUCCAAGCCACCGUACACAGACUAUGUAUCGACAAGAUGGUAUCGAGCCCCAGAGGUCUUGCUCAGGUCGUCUACAUACACCUCCCCCAUUGACCUGUGGGCUGUGGGCUGCAUAAUGGCCGAACUCUACACCCUCAGACCUCUUUUCCCCGGGAACAGUGAGGUGGACGAGAUCUUUAAGAUCUGCCAAGUCCUAGGAACUGUCAAAAAGUCGGACUGGCCGGAGGGCUAUCAGCUGGCUGCAGCUAUGAACUUCCGCUUCCCACAGUGUGUGCCGACCCAUUUGAAGACCCUAAUCCCAAAUGCCAGCAAUGAGGCUAUCACGUUAAUGAAGGACCUGCUACAGUGGGACCCCAAAAAAAGACCCACCGCUGUACAGGCGUUGCGCUACCCAUACUUCCAAGUAGGCCAAGUCUUAGGGCCUCGUCCUCAGAGCCAGGAGGUCAAGAAGGUCCAGGCCAGGUCACAGCCUCGGAACCAGGCCUCUGAGGUCAAAGCUGACCUCCAGCAGUCUUCCUCUGAGUCCAAAGCCUCCACAUCAUCCUCAAGACACCAAGUGCAGCAGCAGCAGCCUCUUCAGCAGAUCCCUCUGCCCCAAACUGAGAGUAAACCAGCAGGCCUCAGCCAGACAAAGGCAGCAUCACUAGGCACUGAGAACAACGCUGUUGGGAUGGGGGUACUGAAAAGCGGUCGUCGGCGCUGGGGUCAGACGGUGGCUAAGACCUCUGACAGCUGGGAGGAAUCUGACCCAUCAGAAAGUGCAGCUUCUAAUUCUAAGAAACCGAGCCUGGGGAACUCAGACGAGAGCAGCCCUAAGCAUCGCCCACAGGCCAAAGAGCAAAAACCGCUAUAUUCCUUCAGCACAGUUACCAAGCUUCCUAGCAAUGUUAAGAUUGGCCAAAUUGAGUCAAACCUCCCGGGGUCUGCUGCACGGCAGCACUAUCUCAGCCAGUCACGCUACUUGCCUGGGUUGAUUGGCAAAAGUCAGCCUUCCUCUGGGGACAAGGAGUUGAGUGGUAUGUCAUUACGAGACUUGUGGGAGAACUCUUCAAACACUGUAAAUAAACCACUCGGUCCUAUCGGAGGGGGAUUAUCUGUCACCAGAGCCAACGCAGAAGAGAAUGCCUCUAAGUCUGUGGAUAGCCCGCCAGAGAAAACUGUUGUUAAAGAAAGAAUACUGGAGAAAAUUGAUCUCUCCAAAGGGAACUUUGUAAGCACCAAGUACAACCUGUCUGGUGGUUACAUCCCUUCUUUCCAAAAGAAAGAGGUGGGCUCAGUGGGACAGAGAAUCCAGCUAGCUCCUUUGGCUGGUCAGCAUUCAACUAAUCUUUCUUCUUCUCCUGACAAUAAAAAAGACAAAUCAAAAUCUACAAAGUCCAAGCACAUAUCAACCUCAUCUUUAAGUGAGAGUAAUGAAGAUUAUGAGGACUGGAAGAGGAGAACAGACCGGACUCAAAUGAAAGGAAACAGCUAUUCGGCUCUGGGAAAAACCUCUGGCAACCUUCUGACCAGAGCCCCUGCAGCACAGCCGGUCCAUGGAAGGGUAGACUGGACCUCCAAAUAUGGCGGAAACCGGUAGUGCAACCAGAAAUGACACAGCUGCUUAGAAUUUUGGUCCAAGUGGUAAAUAUCUUUGGCUAACAAAAUCAAUCUGAAGGAAGGUUUUAACCACAUUAACAUUGAGAUCUGGAGGAAAUUGAAGGAAUUCUGCUUAAAUGAUAAUGUUAGAAAUUAAAUACGGGGGUAGCUAGUUAGGAACAAAUAGUAAUGUGACAAAAAUUAGUAGACCAUUGAUUAAGAACAAGCCACACCGGCAUAAUUUCCUUUCCAGUAAGGCUAAUACAGUAUAUAUAGAAAUAACUUGAUACGUGCAUGGAAAACUCUUAACUUGAGAUGAUGGUUGCCAUGACGCUUAACCAAUACUGACAGUGUGUGCAAGACAAUCCCACUGCAUUCCUUAAGGUUUCAGUGCAAGCCAAUUCUACUGUUAGUGUUGGGUUAUUCUGAAUAGGAUAUAAAACAUGCUUUUUUUUUUCUUUUCAUUUUUAUACUUUAGUUUUUAUUGUCUGGUAUUGUUUUAAUUCCACUGACAAAUGCAUUAUAUUGUUCUGUGACAGUUCUUGUAAUACUACUGGUGUGUUCCUUCUGCUUCAAUCAACAUAGGUGGCUCAAAACUGUCUAAUGGUUAUAAGCAUGAUUACAACAUUUAUACUGUGUAUUGUAAAGCAAACCUCUUUGUAUUAUGCAACUGAGCAUUUUUGUAAACAUUUUGUACAAAUAAAAAGAAUGAAAAAUA